AUGGUACUGGCUAAUCAUCUUCUCCUACCGCUGCUGGCAUCAUGCAGCGCAGCCUACCAGAUCUCAGUUGCAAAAUCUGGUGGCAAUGCCACGACCAACCUGCAAUAUGGCGUGAUGGAAGAGGAGAUCAAUCACUGCGGCGAAGGAGGUCUCUAUGCGGAACUAAUUCGCAAUCGAGCAUUCCAAGGAAGUACAACGUACCCGUCAUCGUUGGAUGCCUGGGUGCCGGUUGGCGAUUCGUCUUUGGCUCUGAAAAACCUCAGUGAUCCGCUCUCCUCGGCUCUCCCCACUUCUGCCAGAGUGUCAGGGACUGACCAGUCCGGCUUUACCAACCUGGGAUUUUUUGGCAUUGAUGUGCGGCCUCAGAAGUACAGCGGUUCUUUCUACGUCAAGGGUUCCUACAACGGCAAGUUCACUGCAACGCUCCAAUCAACCACAAGCGGGAAGACUCUAGCAACUACCACGAUUAUUUCGACAAGUGCCGGAGAUGAAUGGGUUCAGCAUAAGUUUGUUCUUGCGCCAGAGACAACGGCUCCAAACACCAAUAAUACCUUUUCGCUGACCUUCGAUGCUUCCAAAACAUCUGAUGGUUAUCUUGAUUUCAAUCUUAUUAGUCUGUUCCCGCCGACAUGGAACAACCGUCCGAAUGGGCUCCGACGCGAUCUGAUGCAAGCCAUGUAUGAUCUUGGUCCUAAAUUCCUCCGGUUCCCAGGUGGCAACAACCUCGAAGGCAACACAAUUCCUGGUCGAUGGAAGUGGAACGAGACUAUCGGACCACUCACAGAUCGUCCCGGGCGUGCCACAACAUGGGGAUAUGAAGAAACCGGUGGCAUGGGCUUAGUUGAGUACAUGGAGUGGUGUGACGAUCUUGGGAUGGAGCCCAUUCUCGCUAUUUGGAGCGGCCAUGCUCUAAAUGGGGAUACUGUCUCGGAGGCCGACCUCGACUUUUACGUACAGGACGCACUGAAUGAGCUGGAAUUCCUCACCGGAUCUGUGGACACCCAUUACGGUGCUUUGCGAGCUAAAUACGGCCAUCCGGAGCCGUGGACCAUUCGUUAUGUUGAGGUCGGCAACGAGGAUAAUCUAAGUGGAGGCUUAGAUUCAUACACGGAAUACCGGUUCCAGGCCUUCUACGAUGCCCUCUCUGAGAAAUACCCAAACAUUCAAGUGAUCGCAUCGACCAUCGACAUGACACUGCCUGGUAACGCAGGUGGCGAUUACCAUUUGUAUGAUAUCCCGGACAACUUCGUCAACAAGUUCAACAUGUGGGAUAACUACACAGAUCAGCAUCCAAUCCUGCUUGGUGAAAUUGCAGCGACCGAAUUCAAUAACGGAUAUGGCGUUAACUGGAGUGAUUACCACUUCUCCACAUAUCCUUGGUGGAUCGCCUCCGUUGGGGAAGCAGUCUUCCUCCUGGGUGCAGAGAGAAAUGCCGACAAAAUUAUCGGAACAACCUAUGCGCCCUGGAUGAUGAACCUGGAUAACUAUGAAUGGUCGCCAACCAUGCUGGCCUUCAACGCGGACCCAGAUCAGACAGCCCGCUCCACGAGUUGGCAUGUCUAUAGUCUGUUCAACCACAACCACAUGACGAACACCCUCCCUGCAACCUCCCCUGACGCCUUCGGCCCACUCUACUACGCCGCCGGUCUUGACAGCCAGACCAAUUCGCGCAUCUUCAAGGCAGCUGUUUAUAACAGCACCGCCAAUGUGCCAGUGUCCUUGACAUUUGAGGGCAUUGGCCGAGGCGCAACAGCCGACCUGACCGUGCUGACAGCUCCAAGCGCUUAUUCCAUGAAUGCUGUCGGUGCUCCAAACAUGGUGGAUAUCCAAACCGUGAAGGUCACGGCCGGGAAGAAUGGAGUGUUCAGCUUCAAGUUGCCAAAUCUGAGUGUUGCGGUGCUGCGGACCAACGCUUAG